GAAAAGAGGUGAAUCGGGUCGGGUUAUAAAACUAAGAAUCGGGAGGGAUAAGGCUCCUGCUGUCUGCUGUUGCUGACUACUCAAGCUUGCUUCCAUCUGCACCUAUUUAUUCAUCUCUAUCAAACAUACACACACUACUCACAUCAUUUCAUUCACAAGUCUGUGUGUGUGGAAAUUUGUUCGCGGAAUAAAUUGAUAGACUAAUAAUUUUCAGAAUACAUGCAAGUCGGAAGUAUUCAAAUGCCUACUCUAUUAGAUAGGAUACCGUGGAUGAGGUUUAGGGGUGGAAUUGCUGAGGUGGCGCCACCCUAUUUUCGCCCGUCAGUCUCACGGUCGUUUGUGCAUUGUCGCAAAAACGCCAGUAAUUUAUGUGGUUUUCGUGUGAGUAGUAAUAGAUGUCUGUCAAUAGUCUCUGCUUCGGGAUCUUCUGUUGAUCAAGAGGAUAACGUUGUUCGUGUGCGAUUUGCUCCUUCUCCUACCGGCAAUCUCCAUGUCGGAGGUGCCAGAACUGCUCUCUUUAAUUACUUAUUCGCCAGGUCCAAAGGUGGGAAGUUUGUUCUUCGAAUAGAAGACACCGACCUGGAGAGGUCUACCAAGGAAUCUGAAGAAGCUGUGUUACAAGAUCUUUCCUGGCUUGGACUUCAGUGGGACGAAGGCCCGGAUGUCGGUGGAGAUUAUGGUCCAUAUCGGCAAUCUGAAAGAAAUACACUCUAUAAGCAAUAUGCUGAGGAGCUUUUAAAUUCUGGUCAUGCUUAUCGCUGCUUCUGUUCUAGUGAGGAGCUAGAGAAAAUGAAGGAGAUUGCAAAGUUAAAGCAGCUGCCUCCAGUAUACAGCGGAAAGUGGGCUAGUGCCUCUGAUGAAGAAGUACAAGAAGAACUGGAAAAAGGAACACCAUUUACAUAUAGAUUCCGUGUACCUAAGGAAGGGAGUCUGAAAAUUAAUGAUCUUAUUAGGGGGGAAGUUAGCUGGAACUUUGAUACACUAGGAGAUUUUGUGAUAAUGAGAAGCAAUGGUCAACCUGUUUACAAUUUUUGUGUUACCGUGGAUGAUGCUACCAUGGCAAUCUCACAUGUUAUAAGAGCAGAAGAGCAUCUACCAAAUACUCUAAGGCAAGCGUUAAUAUAUAAGGCCCUUGGAUUUCAAAUGCCUUACUUUGCACACGUUUCUUUAAUUCUAGCUCCUGAUAGGAGUAAAUUAUCAAAACGACAUGGUGCAACUUCAGUUGGUCAGUUUCAGGAGUUUGGAUAUCUACCUCAGGCCAUGGUAAACUAUCUAGCACUGUUAGGUUGGGGAGAUGGUACUGAAAAUGAGUUUUUUACCCUUGAGCAACUAGUUGAGAAGUUUAGUAUCGAGCGCGUGAACAAAAGUGGAGCUAUUUUCGAUGCAACCAAAUUCAGGUGGAUGAAUGGUCAGCACUUAAGGUUACUUCCACAAGAAGAGUUGACCAAGCUUCUUGGUCAUCACUGGAAGAGUACUGGGAUCCUCAAAGAAUCUGAGGGGCUAUUUGUCGAGGAGGCUGUUCAGCUCUUGAAAGAUGCAGUUGAUUUGAUAACAGAUUCAGAGAAAGCACUUUCGGACUUUCUUUCAUACCCUUUAAACGAGACUUUGUCAAGUUCCGAAGCCAAACCUAUACUAGAAGAUAGCAUUUCUGAAUUUGCAGAUAGCUUAUUAGCUGCCUAUGACAGUGGUGAGCUCUUUGAUGCACUAGACCAAGGAAAAUCCGGAUGGCAGAAAUGGGUGAAAAGCUUUGGGAAAUUGGUUAAGCGGAAGGGCAAAUCUCUCUUUAUGCCUCUCCGAGUUCUGCUAACAGGGAAGCUUCACGGCCCAGAUAUUGGAGGUUCUGUGGUUUUGCUGCGUACUUUUGGAACAGGUGAUAUUGUAGGAUCUCAAGUAGGGUUUUUGACACUAGAAGAAAGGUUCAAAUUGCUCAGGGAAGUUGACUGGGAUUCCUUCAAUAACAAGCAGACAGUUUUGGAGUCGAUGACAGUAUCUCAUUAGUUGUUAAUAAAUUAUAAGUUUCUUUUUCCGGAUGAUUGUCAUUUCUGUUUGAUGAAGCUUAUGUCACAAGUAGAUUUCGGUCGUAGUUCAAAGGCUUCUAACAGAAUGAGUUGUUUUCACCUCUUGUACAGCGUGCCUGUGAUGCCAAAUUUUGUCAGUCUAGUAUAUGAGUGAGCUCAACCAUUCAAUAUC